UUAGGUAACUGAGCGAUAGAGUUGGCGGGAAGAAGGGAAGCUGAUCUGUGACACUAACUACUUCUACCUCUGCACAACCACUGUCUCCUGUAUCGUCCUUGAAGGCUGAAGAGGUCACAACAGACCCAACCCAUGAGCCUCCCAGCAGAAAAUGACUCAGGUUAACGAAAUCGGAGGGAUGAGCAACGGCUGCGUCCACUCGGAGGUCCUUGGGGACCUCCACCCGGACAACGUCAUAGAAAACAUCAGCGAAGCCAACGAUGGGUCGCGGCAAGGUGAACAGGGAGACUUUGCAAGCGACGAGGUCACAGAUGUGGAUCGCGGUUGGGCAUGGGUUGUGUUGGGCGCCACCUUCCUAGUCAAGGCUCUGACCAUGGCGUUACCACUCUGCGUGGGAGUCUUCUACACCGACCUGCAGAAUGUGUUGAAUGCGUCAAACCGUGAGGUCUCCUGGGUUCCCGCCAUCAUGAGGUCGUUGCGUCACGCGGCAGGUCCCAUUUGUAGCCUGCUGGUGAAGAAAUUUGGUUGCCGGGCGACAGUGAUGUUGGGCGGUGUCCUGAGUGGGCUGGGAUUGGCUGCCAGUUUUUUAAUCCACUCCAUCAAGGGGCUCUACGUAACCGCGAUUAUUACAGGAAUAGGUUUCUGCUUCAGCUCCCAGCCCUCCGUGAACAUCGUUCAGCACUACUUUAAGGCCCGACUCGUCUUUGCCAACGCCUUGUCCUCCACGGGCAUGGCAGUGGGAAUCUUCACUCUGCCCCUCCUGGCUAACUACCUCCACACCGAGCUGGGCUGGAGAGGAAGCUUCCUUGUCCUGGGCGGCCUCCUGCUGAACAACUGCGUGUGUGGCGCAGUGAUGAGGCCCCCGCGGGACCCCGUGGGCCGGGGCAUGCCUCUGAUAAACCUCCCGGCGUCUCUGCCCGAGGAGGAGUGCUCCACGACUGAGAGACUGACAAGGCUGCAGGUGUGGCGCGAUGUAAAGGCUUUUGUGAGCGAACACAUGGCCAUCGAUCAGCUGUUCCAGAACUCUCGUUACUGCGCGUAUGCCUGCGGCGUCACCUGGAUGACUCUCGGUUACGGGGUGCCCAUGAUCUACCUGGUCCCCUACGCCACAGCUGGCGGCAUGGAGCAGAGCAAAGCCGCCUUGGUGCUCACCUGCCUGGGCGGGGUGAACGCUGUGACGCGGCCACUGUUCGCCUUAAUCUUUCACAUGCCCUGGUUUAAAGGGCGCUACAUUUAUGCAUUCUCCUGGGCACUGCUGAUCAACGGGCUCAGCAACUGCAUAUGCUGCGCUGGCCCCGACUUCCCCGUCCUGAUGGCGUACGCGGUCAUCCAAGGUGUCUCCAUGAGCGCGGUGGGCUCCCUGAUGUUCACCAUCCUCAUGGACUUGGUGGAGAUGCGCUGCUUCUCCUCAGCGCUGGGGCUGUUCAACUUGAUGCAGAGCGUCACGCUGCUCCUCGGGCCUCCACUGGCAGGAUUCCUGAUCGACUGGACAGGUCAGUUCUUGCACGUCUUCGUUGCCUUCGGUUUUCUGAUUAGCUCCGCUGCCGUGUUACUCUUGGUGGUCUUCUACUGGCUGGACACGAGGCCAUCGGUGGACUUGGCUCCCGCCAGCAGAGGCUUCUCGGCGAGAGACAAAGACGAUGCUUCGUCCCGCGGGGUGGAGAUUAUCGCCAGCAUCCAAAAUCCCCUCGCACACAUCGCGCUCCGGCCCAGAAGGCGGUAACGUUUGAGUGUUUCUAGUAUAAAUGCUCAAGUGGGUGCAAUGACAUAAGCCAUUUACACUUUUUUUUUUUUUAAUUUACUUUUAAAGUUGUUUUAUUAAAGUGUGAAUUUAAUCAAUAUUAAACCAUUGAAGAAAAUUAAUGCAUCAAUACUUGCAGUACACUAGAAGUAGUGAUGCUAAUGUGAAGUUUCCAUCACAGAUGUUUUUUAAAGUAAUUUAUCUUAACUUUUAGUCUGCAGUUCUUCUGAAGUACUAUUGCCACCAGUCAGAUGACAUUGUCUUAACCUCCAGCGGUUUUAUUUAAAUUUUAUGUUUUACUCCCUCUACGCACUAGCUUUAAUAUGCUUUAAACAAAUAAUUUGACCGUGAAAGAUGUGUUGCUUCUUAUGCUUUACAGCUCGGGGCUCUAACAAUGUCAACAAGCUGAUGGAAAUUGUAUUGUCAUUGUAAUUUUAAUUUGACGUAAAGCGAUAAUGUAAUAAAAUGAACUGCAAAUAUC